UGCACAUUUGGAAGUAAGUAGUUUAUGUAUUUUUAUGUUAAUUCUCAUUUUAUGUUAUAUAUGAUAUUUACUAAUAAAUGUUUGUAAAUUAGGAUGAUUUGUUUGAUAUUGGGCGUACUAGAUAUGGAGAAGGGCAUAUGCCUGGGAUCUUGAGAGGCAUUGAUACUUCGUGUGCUAAAAAGUAUUCUGACUGGAAGUACGAUAUUAAAGAGCACUUAACGAUUAAUGGGCCACAAAAUCGUUAUGGUGGUUGCACGGAUACGCAGUGGCAAAAAGCAAUUGAUUUUUUCCGUCGCCCAGAAAUUACGAAACGUUCUGUGGUCAACAAGGAAAAUAGAAAGAAACUGAAAGAGCUUAGCUAUGGAGGUUCUCAGUCAAUCCCAGCCUUACGCUAUAAAAAGGAGGAAUUGCGUGCAUACCGCGACACACAGCAGACACAGGCAACUGAUACUGAGAGGAGUGUUCAUGGGAGUUCAAAGAAAACUUAUAGGGGAAUACAUCACUAUGCUCUUCAGCGUGUGCUCUUCGGUUGGCGACGGUGGCGGUGCGGCUACAAUCGGUUGGCUGAGGUAAAGGCAGUGACGGAGAGAUUGAGGGUGAGGGUGAGGGUGCGGAGAUAG